AUUUAUAAAUUUAAAUGGAAUGGUUUAAGAGGGAUGGGGGGGCUCACUGAAGAUUUUUGCUCCAAAGCCGAAGAAGCUCAGAGCUUUCUCUGAUUUGCAGAGAGAAUCCAAAGGACGGACAAUUGGGGAAGAGCGAGAGAGAGAGAUAGAGAGAGAGAGAACUGCGAAGAAAAGAAACAGUGAGUUUGGAGUUACAGUUAGAGAGAGAAAGGCAGAGAGAGAGGGAGAAAUUUUGAAAAUUCCAACCAGGUCCUUUUUCUUCUUAUCCAAUCCGUAAGUCCCUUGCAUUUCUUUAAUCUCUCCUUUUUAAUCAAUUUAAUUUGCUUUUUUAUGUGGGGAAAUUGCUGGAUUAAAAAGGUUUAUUUGUGAAUAGCCAAUUGUAAACAGAUCUAAUUUAACUGUGUGUUAUUGUUUUGGGGGUUAAUUAGAACUUAUAAAUUAAGCUCUGAUUUCGAUUUUUUUUGCUCAUUUGAUUCGCUGGGUUUACAGAUUUUAAUGUUUUAACAUCGACCCAAUUUUCUUUUCUGACAAACAAGAAUUUUCAUUUUUUUGGGUAUUAAUUUCUGUGAAACUCUGGUUUUGAUUUGACUUUCUCACAUGUUGAAAGGAAAAAGGAUAAUUGAGAGAUUGGUUUUUGGAGAAAACCCAUCUGGGAUCGUUGGAUGAUGGAGUUGGAAGGCUGAAAGUUUGACAGAUAGUGCUGAAAAGAGAUAAGAGGCUUUUGGAUAGGAUUUGUGUCUGAAUUUGGUGGCCUUCCAUUGAUUGUUUCCCGGAGAAAUGUUGGAGGGUCGAUCCUGCUUGCUUUCGAGGGUGUUUCCGAGCUCUUGCCAGCCAGAAAGCGAGUGGCCAUACAUGACUUACCGCCGGCUCGACGAUAUUUCCAACAGCAAGCGCCCAUUGGGGUUUGAUGGCGGUGAUGACGACGAAGAGCAUCGAGAGAGGAAGUUGUGUAAGCGAUUGGAUUGUUGUGACAUGGUGGAGACGGAGGUGAAUCAGUCAUUGUGUGAGCAAUCGGAGGAUCAGCAGCAUUCUCGGGCUUCUUCAGAUUCGGAUAAGCAUAUAAAUAGGAUUGGUAGGGACAACUUGAUCAGCUGCCUAAUUCGCUGCUCGAGAUCUGAUUAUGGUUCCAUUGCCUCUUUGAACCAGAGCUUCCGCUCCUUAGUUAGGAGCGGGGAGCUCUAUAAACUGAGGAGGCAGAAUGAUGUCAUUGAGCACUGGAUUUAUUUCUCUUGCCACCUACUUGAAUGGGAGGCCUUUGAUCCCAAUCGUGGAAGGUGGAUGCACUUGCCAAGGAUGACUUCCAAUGAAUGUUUCAUGUGUUCGGACAAGGAAUCUUGUGCUGUGGGAACCGAGCUUCUUGUAUUUGGUAAGGAGGUGACUUCCCAUGUAAUCUUUAGGUAUAGUAUUUUGACAAACUCGUGGUCUUCUGGAAUGAGAAUGAAUGCCCCGAGAUGCUUGUUUGGGUCUGCCAGCCUUAAAGAGAUUGCAAUUUUGGCAGGUGGUUGUGAUUCACAGGGAAAUAUACUCAGCUCUGCGGAGCUAUAUAAUUCUGAGACUCAGACUUGGGAGAUGCUCCCGAGCAUGAAGAAGCCCCGGAAGAUGUGUUCCGGGGUUUUUAUGGAUGAAAAAUUUUAUGUUAUUGGUGGCAUUGGGGGAAGUGAUUCGAAGGUUCUUACAUGUGGCGAAGAAUAUGAUUUAACGGCAAGAACAUGGACAGAAAUACCUAACAUGUCUCCUGGACGGAGUGGUGCAGCCAGAGAGACUGAUGUGCCUGCUGGUGAGGCACCACCUCUGGUUGCAGUGGUAAAUAAUGAAUUGUAUGCUGCUGACUACGCUGACAUGGAGGUGAGGAAAUAUGAUAAGGAGAGAAGAGUGUGGCUGACGGUGGGGAGAUUGCCAGAGCGGGCAGCCUCAAUGAAUGGUUGGGGUCUUGCAUUCAGGGCUUGUGGAGACCAGCUUAUUGUUAUUGGCGGGCCUAGGGCUCUGGUUGAAGGAUUCAUAGAGAUCAAUGCAUGGGUUCCAGGUGAGGGUCCUCCACAAUGGAACUUGCUUGCGAGGAAGCAAUUGGGUAACUUUGUCUAUAAUUGUGCAGUGAUGGGAUGCUGAAGGUACAGACAGAUGUAUAAGAUUGGAUUGUCCAUCGACACAGGAGUCUUGCUAAUUGGUAACUCCCCCUUUUCUUUUUGAUUGUUAAAUCCCUUUCGGGUGGGGGAGAAUGGGGAAGAAUUUUUAAUUUUACUCAAGAUUCAAUUGAAUGUUUUCUGGGAAUGAGUUCUUGAGUGAACUUUUUUCUUUUUUUAACUUUCCUUUUUUCAAGCUUAUAUUGAUUUCCUCAUAUGGAAUUUGUCUUGCCCCAUUUUUAGUAACAUGAGAAAUUUUAAACGUUGGCAUCGUGUAGGAUAUAGGAACAGGUUCAAUAAUUUGAAGUACCAACACAUUGGUAGGUUGUCAGUAGUGCCUGCUGAAGCUUUUUGAAAUACACAGAACUAGUCUUACGGGUUUCGCCUUCUUAAUUGUAUUUGUGUUGUCUUCACAAGAGGAAAUAAAUUAUGAAGGUUGUUAUCUUU